CCCAUCCUGUGCUCACACCGAGUCCUGCUGUUCCUCCCCAAAGCUGAGUUCUCCCCUUGGCUGUUCCAGUUGGGGUUUCAGAUUGGAAAUCUCCAUUGACACCCAUGGGAGUGCACUGGAUCCCCUUGGCAGCACGGUGUGUCGGUGCCACCUCUGAGCAGCUUUUGGGGACAUCCUCAUCCCAUGGCUGUGGCAGCUCUUGAUGUGCUUGAGGCUGAGGGUGCUGCACGGGGUUGGAAGGGAACUGGAGCAGAGGACCCCCCUAUGGUGUUUCCCCCUCUCAUCUGCAGUGCACGUGGCUCCUCCGCAGCCCUGGCCCUGUUAAGUGUGCCACGCUGCCACCUGGGAAUCCCCGGCAGUGACAUCCUUGCAGGCUUUGCUGCUGUCAUGUGGAGAGGCAGUGUGUGAGAUAGGGGCUGUGCCAGCUGCCAGCACAGCUGCGGAAUGACAUGAGCUGGGUAGCAGAUGGGGACACUGUGGCACUUUAGGCGACCACGUCUGAGUGCGAAGGGGUUGCAAGAAGAGGAUGGGAGGCGGCACAGUGCUCAGCCCUCCCCCUCCGUGUGGCUGUGUGGGCUUCCUUUGUGCUGCAGACUUAAAGACCUUGAGAGGAGGUUCUGCGGGGAGUGCCUGCAGCCCUGCCUCCAGGUGCCAUCCCCACUCUGCCCGCUCUGCCGCAUGCCCUUCGACCCCAAGAAGGUAGAGAAGGCUUCCAGUGUGGAGAAACAGCUCUCAUCCUACAAGGCUCCCUGCAGAGGCUGCAGCAAGAAGGUGACCCUAGCAAAAAUGCGGUCUCACGUCUCGUCUUGCGCAAAGGUGCAGGAGCAGAUGGCCAACUGCCCCAAGUUUGUCCCAGUUGUCCCCACAUCCCAGCCUAUCCCCAGCAAUAUUCCCAAUCGCUCAACGUUUGUGUGCCCAUAUUGUGGGGCCCGGAAUCUGGACCAGCAGGAACUGGUAAAGCACUGCAUGGAAAACCACCGCAAUGACCCCAACAAAGUGGUGUGCCCAGUCUGUUCAGCCAUGCCCUGGGGGGACCCCAGCUACAAGAGUGCAAACUUCCUGCAGCACCUCCUGCACCGGCACAAGUUCUCCUAUGACACCUUCGUGGACUAUAACAUCGACGAGGAGGCAGCACUGCAGGCUGCUCUGGCUCUGUCACUCUCUGAGAACUGAGGGCCGCCAUGGAGCUUUGCUUCGGACCCCACCUCACACCCCUUUUGCACACUCGACCUUCCUGCUGGGGAGGCAUGGAACUCAUUGCCCCCUGAGAAUCACCGCCUCUCUUCCCUCACUUCUGUGGGCUGAUCCCACCACCACGAAGAAGGUGGAGAUGCCUCAGCAUCACUCUGGACUGGUGAGUGAGCAGAGCCGUCCGCUGCUGGGAGGAGAGAGGACAGGGGACCGUUCCUCAGUUAGGCAUUUCAUAUCCGUACACGGAGUGUAUACCUGUAUCCAGAUCUAUUUAUUAUUAGAUGCUUUUUGGCACCAUUUGUCUUCAUGCUCUUUGUUGCAAUUUGAUAGGUACGUAAAACUACGUUGCGUUUUAUGCAGAAAAGCCCUCGUUUCAAACUGCAACCAUCCACGUCCUUUUGGGGUUUGUUUGUUUGUUUGUUUUUUUUGUUUUUUGGGUUUUUUUUGGUCUAAAAGGAAGAAAGCAGCACAGAGUGUUUUGUUUCUUUUUAAACCCCACGAGGUUAUUUCUGGAGACGUCGCUCUGUCCCCCCACGCUGCAGUUGGGAGCUGCCCUCCUCUUCCUGCUGCCACGCAGCCCAGCCCAAAAGCAGCAGGCUGAAUCCCAGAGCGAGACUGCAGGCCUGCUGUGCCCACAUGGCAGCGGAUUUGGAGCUGUGGACUGUCCCAGUGCAACUCCCACCUCCCUCCUUUUGUACCAGCUCUUGUAAUACUGCGUUCUGUUUUUCUACAUGAAGCGGCGUGACGCCUUUUCCAAGUUUUAUAGAGCAGGAACAGAAGCUGUUACUCUUCACACUGCAAUAUCCGUCACUGGGGACGAGAGUAUUUUUAUGGAACAUUAUUAAGAAAGUAUAUUUUUUAACAAAGCAACAAAAAGAAACCAACCAAACGAACACGCUGUGGAUUUGAAAUGGGGUGGGAGGGAAGAGCUGAACCCUGGGCCUGCAGCUGGGACUCUGCUGAGCCACGUGAGCAUCUGGGCUUCCUCCUCUCUUCUCUCCGACCUGUCUGUCCCCUUCUGCUGUCAGCUUUACUCUGCAGGCGGUGAUGAGGCCGUGUCAGCGCAGCGCUGUGUUGGUCAGAGCAUGGCCAGCUCCACAGCUCUGCUUCAAAAAGGACCUUUGGGAGGACAAGCAGCCCCUUUGUUGUAUGGCUGUGAUCCCUGGGCUGUUGGCUGCAUCACUGGGCUCCUUGGGUUCUUGCUGGGUGCAGCUUCUCGUAGCUU